AUGCUGGCGAAGGAGAAUUUGUUUGCAUCACUGGUGUGCACUCUCCUUUUUGUAGUGCUGUAAGCAUUUUCUUUAGGGACUGUAGAUAGGAAUGAAUUCUGAUGAGGAUAUUUUGAAUUGACUGCUUGAAAACCCUUAUAACUAUACGAUUGUGUUUGUUAAAGAAAACAUUUUGAAAAAAAAUUAUUUGUCUACAUGAAGCAAAAUAUCAUACUUACGAGUGAUCUCACAGGCUAUCCUAUAUACACAUGAUAAGUUAGUAAAGGCUCUCGAACGGUUUUAGUUGACAUUACAGACCUGGCCCCAACUUAUGAUCUGUAAGAACAAAUUUAUUACUUUUUAGCAGAGUGAACGCUAACAGCAUAUGUGAGUGGGAAGAAAAUGCGUUCCGUCUAUCGGGUACAUAUCCGAGUAUUCGACUUGCCGUUCCUGAGAAUGUUGAGGUAAGUGCAAAUUGUCUUCGACUUAUUUACUUGUUUCCAUGCCAAAUGUAGGACGUGAAAGCAGGUUACUUCCUUCAUGAAUUCAGUAAUUAUUCCGGAUGCCUAUAAAAUGCGUUACCAGUGUAUGCAUCCGCGUAAUGACAUUCGAUCGUGGUGUCUCUUUUUAACUGGUCCGCACAUUUCUCUAGACGUAAAUGGGUUCUACCUUAGCUAACUGCGACAGCCGCUCUCUGCCAUUUAUGUAUUUUGUACAAUUCAUCGUUGUCUGUUCUAAUGGACUAUGAAGAAUUGUGUUUUUAGAUAUAGGCCUGCUCAUCUAAAACCCAGUGCUGACUGAGUAAUUGGAAAAUUAUAUUUUUCGUUGCAUUAAUAUUGCUUAUGUAAAGAGAACAUGCUAAACUAAGCUUGUUAUUUGUCAUAUCAUAUUUUUGAUCAUCCUAGGAAGUGGAGGUUAAUGAUGUGCCAAUGACAUUGGAGAAUGGGAAAUGUGAAAAGAAAAGAUUCUCCGAUGUGGAUUCCUGUAAAGUGGAAAAAUGUAUGCCGAAAUUACAGUUUUCCUAAAAAAAGAUAUUUUUUGAAUCCAGCCGGAGUUUAAACAAAAACCAAUAAAAUCUGUCAUGUUUUGAAAGAAAAUGUAUACAGCAAGUUGCUGAUUUAAGGGAAAGUGUUGAAUUAUAUCAGCUUGUUUAUGCAUAUUAUCCCAGUUACUAUCAAUUACGUUCAAAGUGUAAUGUUUCUUACCUUCAGAUGACGGGUACUCUAGCCUAGAAAUCAAGUUCAAACAAAACAAAAAACCAAAGUACGUUUACGCGCGCAUCGGAUAUCAGUAUGUUACUGCUCAAAGCGUCCCCUCAAAAACAAUCAAACCGGAUGAGUGUAAGUUACUUUCCGUCAACUUGGGAAAACUAUUUACCUUGCAGGCCGUUAAUAUAGCGUUGCGUUUUUAACAUUUAGACGGAUUUGUUUACUCUGAGGAUCAACAGUUUCACUUUUGCCCAGCGGCCAAGAAAGCUGACUCAGUUGAACUUACGUGGAACAUAGAAGGAUACUCCGAUUCUGGACGUGAUGUAAGUUACAAAUCUCCGUUUGCCCUUUUCUAAGCCUAGCGAAUAUAAAGCACAGUCUUCACCAGGCGGCCUAAAUUAAAGAACUGCAAUAAGUCACUAAAUGAACCUGUGAAACCAUUGUCUGUGCAUUUGAUGUUAUUGAGUUCUUAGUGUAAAUUUGACAUCCUCUCAGUUGAUCAAAGACAGUUUACGACAUAGUUUGGGUUUCUACAUACUUUUUUGGAUUCAACUUCAUUUUGUCAAACAUUCAUCGCCGAAGGAUGUUCUGUCGGAAGGGGUGGCGCAGUUACUAGCGCGUGAGAUCUGGUGCACAUUAUACAAACAGAAAUACAGCAAGUGAAAGUCCUCCAAGACGCUAGUAAACGAAUCCUCGCGGAACCAGCCAUUGGGUUUUGUUUGGCCCUAAUGAUAUGAUGGCGAUAUCCGACAAAAAUUAAAACCCUGAGGUGGCUGGAAGUCAAGUCACAAACAUGCUGGGUUGCCACUUUAUUUCAUUUGUGUAUUUGUCUGAUUCGCUUACAAAUAUCUGCCGUAGAAUUUACUCUAAACCCACAAUUUAUUAUUAAUAUUUUAUGAUGUAUGCAAAUUGCCUACUAGAAAUGCCAACAAUUCACCAGAUUAUCUUAUCCACCUAGUUUCGAUUUCAUGUAGUUUACCGUUCUAGUUGUUGCUAUAAUGCACUGUUUGUCUUAUGGGUGCAUAUAUGAUUGUGCUUGCAUGACUUUUAAGUUUGCAGGACAUUAUAGCUGCAACGGCCCGGAUGACUUUUACUGCAUAGACAUUACUACAAGGAACUCGACAUUGGAAGCGCAGUUGGAGGCGGAAAAGCUAAACUCUUCCGCAAUAGAUCUUAUGUCAAAGGAAAGUAUCGCAGCAAUGAUAUACUCGGCUAAAUGCAGUAAGUGUUUGCGUCAAGAGUUGAAAUAAGAUCAUUUUCAGCCUAACAUUUGUCAGAAAGUAGAUUGACGUUGAAAUGCUAGUUGAUAAUAAAAACAUUCGCUGACUCACGUCUUUCAUCUGUAUUCAUGAUUUUAAAAAAGGAAACUCGAUUAACUUAAGGAACUUAAGGAUUAACUUAAGGAACCUAAGUAAACUCGAUUCAGAGUUAUUCGUAUCCUGAGUGAAAUUAUUGCAUAAAAUUUAGAUGUAGUAAUUCCGCAAAAAAUGUCUUGAAGUUGUCCUAAGUACUUUAAAAAUAUUGAAAGGGGAAGUAUAUGAGCAGUUGUCUCAAAUGCAUGCUACCAGAAUAUUUCUAAUUUUGUUUUUUUACAGUGUCUGGGGCAUCAGUAGUAACCAUUUUCUCAUUUUUCACUUGCAUUGGUUGCCACUCCCCCAAAACCUUUAGCUGUUGCUAUGGAUAAAUUGACGUUUACAUGGGCACCUCGUCUAAUUUUAGAGGUCGAAAUGACGCCAAAGGGUUUCAAACACACGCUCAAAGUUACUCGACCGGAAACGGGAAAUGUAUCAUACUACUACUGUUAUGUCAGCCCGUCGAGUAUGCCUUACUUAUCAUACACGGUUGACUGGACGGGUAUGUGCAAAUGGUUUUCUAAAAUGAAUAGCCUUGUUUUCUGACACUUCAGCCGUCUACACGCAUUAUGUUUUCGCUCCUAUUGCCUUAAUAAGUAUGCCCUUGAUUUUUACUAACCUUGAGUUGACUUUCUUCGAAAAUACUUAUCAUUGUUGCUAAAUAUAUGUAAAGCGAUUUCAAACUAAAACGGAAAAGAAAAUAUCUUGAUACGAUUUUGUGUGUUUAUGACAACUCCCUUUAAAAUUGUCUAUAGGGCAAUUUGUUCAAAUUUAAAGCUUCUUUUCAAACUAAUAUUUUCGUGUACAGGUGCCGGAGAAAAAUAA